AUGAAGGCUGGAGUAGCUGCCCUCACAGCCGGGAUCCUCGGCGGCACCGGCGUGUUGCUCUUUCUCAUCGCUUUUGGGACGGAUUACUGGCUUCUAGCUACAGAGACCUGCGGCGUCUUCGAGAGCAGGAAUAGCACUCUGAGGACCGGGGAGGCUGAAACACUGACAGAGGUCAGGAAGGAGAUCCUCACUUUCCAUCAUGAGGGCUUCUUCUGGCGGUGCUGGUUCUUUGGCGAGGGCCACCCGGAGACCAUCUGGACCUUCUGGUACACCAGCCAAGCACACCCGAAGUUCUGCAUGCAUGGCUACCUCUUUCCCAUGCCCAUUGCUCUUGGACCUUUCCCCCAUCCUUCCUACGACACAACUGCAGUGUACAGAGGCUUCUGGACGGCGUUCAUCAUGCUGGCCGUCGCCACCGGGCUGGUGGGAGGGCUGCUGCUGGUGUGCGGCGUGCCCUUCGUCAGCCCCCGGUCCUACAAAGUGGGAGGCGGAUUCCUCCUCGCUUCGGGAGGCUUAUUUCUCCUGCUCAUAUUUCUUUUCGUGAUAUGGAAGGAGUUCGCUGCUGAUUUUCAGAAAUACAUCCUUCUGGAGAGAAGUGAGAAGUGCGUGGACGAUGUACCCGUGCACGUGUAUUAUGGGUGGUCGUUCAUGUUCGCCGCAGCGGGGGUGCCCCUGGUUUUACUUUCCGGACUCCUCUUCUACCUGAUCGGCAGAGACAUUAUGAUGUCCCUGGAGUAAGACAAAUUCGGAGAAGGCCUUUGGGAAAAUCGGUGAUGCUCCUUGUAAUGAAACGUACACAAGUUUUGAAAACUAGAUUGGUUUUGUAGCUAUAAUUUUCAGCAUAGGUGCAUGAUUACACUCACUCUUACAUGGAGGCAGGGGUGGAGUACUGAGCAUCCAACCACUGUCAGCCCAAAACCAGCCCCAGCUGAAAGUCCAGCUUCAGCUUUUUUACACUUUGGAGAAAUUUAGACGUGUCUAUGGGUUUUGCAUCAGUUUUCUCUGCAGCCCAAGGAAGAGCCUUUGCUGUGAAAAGCAGCUCCCCCAGCAACCCGGCUGUCAGCAGAGCCCUGCAUCCAUAUUCAGCAGAGCUGGAGUUUUAUGGCAUUCCCAGCAUCCUUGUUUCUUGUAAAAGGUAAUCGAAUCUGGCUGCAACGGUGUAUGCUCUAAUGUCUAUUUCUGAAAAGCAAUUAAGGAUGAUUUUUUUUUUUAGCUGGCUCUAAUUGGCGUCAAAGGACAACCAUUUUAAUGGGAUGUCGGGAAACAUGAGAAACUUUUUUUUUUUGUUAAAAGCCCUGAUUCUGAAGAUACACAUGUACCUGGACCUAACCUAACUUUCGAUAAGUGAAUAAACCAAUUUCUGUGGCAUGAA